AUGUCGCUCUUGCUGGAAAAGCCGCUUCUGCGCGAGGCGGUCCGACUCGCCGACGAGGGCACCGAGACCGCCGACCCGAUCGCAGCCUUCGCCGCCUCUCAGCUGAAAGUCGUGCGCGGCCUGCCCGCGGAGACGCUUCUCGCGCCGAUUGAGGCGGAAGUAGACGACGAGAGCGACGAAGACGAGGCCAAGGCUCGCGAGGAGGGCCCGGCCGCGACCUCCGACGAGGCAAUCGACGGCACCUCGCCCGGCGACUACUCCGCGCAGCACGCGCUGGCCAGCGGCAGGCUUCACGCGGCAAGGGCCGAGGCUGCAGCGCUCUCGCAGGCUUCGCCGCAGCCGAGCCGAGCCGAGCGAGGCGUGGCUGCGCUGCGGUCGCACUGGCGUGUGGUCGGCGUGGACUCGGCGCGGUCCGGGGCGUGGGAGCGGCGCUACUCGCUGCGGGUCCAACUUGCCGGAGGCGGCGAGGCGGCGGAGGAGCAGGAGGAGGAGGCGGCGGGGGAGGAGGCGGCGGGGGCGGAGGGGGCGGGGGAGGAGGCGGCGGCGGCGGCGGCAGCGGCGGCGGAGGCGGAGGCGGAGGCGGAGGCGGUGGCGGUGGCGGCAAUGGCGGUGGCGGUGGCGGAGGCGGUGGCGGGUUGGGCAGUGCAGCUCCGCUUCCGCCUCGACGCCGUCGCAGCUCAGUGGAGCUACCCGCGCCUCUCGGUGCACUGGGAGUACUUGACGGGCGACGCGAGCGCGCAUGGUGGCGCGGGGCCGGCGGCGCUCGUGGAGCUGCGCGCGCUGGUGCCGCGAGAGGGGCGGGGAGGGGCGGGCGGCGAGGCGGUGGCGGCUGGCGCGUGCCUGAGCGUGGCGGGUGGGCCCGCGGGCUGCGAACUCUUCCUCACGCCUCUCUGCGGCGUGAGCGAGCUGGCGGCGGCGACGGGCCAGCGUCUCCCGGCGGCGGCGAGCGGCGGCGCGGUGCGCCCCGCCGCCCCCGCCACGCUGCUGCGAGGGCUCACGGGGGAGGUCGACGUGCGCAGCGUGGGCGGGGUGGUGCAGGCGCUGCUGGGCCGCACGCUCCUCUCUGCUCUCGCGGCGACCGCCGACGCUCUCGGCUUGCAGGCGGACCUCUCACUCGAGGGUGGCGAGCUGACCGCCCGCCGCCCUUCGCCGCGGUGGGGCGGCCCGAGCGGCGGCGCGGGGCCGUGGGUGCGCGUGGCGCUGGUCGCGUCGGCCGGCGCAGCGGCGCCGUCAAGCGAGGGCGCGGAGGGGGUAGGCGGCGGCCAUGGCCCUCUGCUCGACGUUAGCUCGAGCGAGACGGGGGGGGCGCUGAUGCGGCCGCACGAGGUCGCUCGGCUAGAGGGCGGCACGACGCUCGCGCAGCUGUCGCUGCUGCUCCGGCGCGUGCUGCUGCGGUGA